GUUCAUGAAAUUUACCAAGAUACAUAACUGGUGAUCCGUUUUGUACUCUAAAGAAGAGAGAUAGAAAGCCCUUGUAACAUUGGUUUGUGAAAUGUAGUGCUUUAUUCCCCUCUAUGCCAAAUACACAGUCCCAGUCCAAGUCCAAAGGCCAUCAAAGAAUGUACCUCAUUUUCAUGAAGUUCCUCCCCUUUCAAUACCUCUGGACAUCCUUCCUCUAACCCAGACCACCUCCAGCUCCCAGCCCUGAGCUCCUAAGAGAAACGUCUCUAACCAGACCUACCACAGAUGAUUGGAGACCCAGCUCACAGCAGAGGCAGAGGUAAAACUGUGCUCUCCUUUUAAUUCAUGUUUCCUUCUUGGUUGCUACUUUAGUAACAAGUAGGUCCCCACCUCUCAAGAACAUUGAAUCUGAACAACCAGUGUGAACACAGGCCCCAACCAGGGCUUCUGGAAUAACAAGAACAGCAAAACCAGCUUCUUCUUUUUAGAAAGCAUCUUGUUUUCCUCCUUUUCCAAUGAGUCAUCAGCACAAACCCUUGAGAUCACCCUGCCUCGGUCACCUGAGGAGGCAGCAAAUCUCUACAAUUUAUCAUGGCAGCCUCAUCUCACUCUACCUCUGCUUCCAAAUGGUUGUAGGAGCAUUCCAAGUCCAGGGGCCCCAUGACCCCUUGGUGGCCAUGCUGGGUGGUGAAGCAGAGCUGCCCUGCUUCCUCUCACCUCCUCAAAGAAUUAAAAAUAUGAAAAUAACCUGGAACAGAUCCCUACCCUCCCGAGUGGUGCACCUGUAUGAGGAUGGGAGGGACAAGCCUGAGGAAGCUAUGGCGGAGUAUUUAGGGAGGACAGAGCUUGUGAAAAAUGUUAUGCAUAAGGGGAUAGUGGUCCUGAAAAUCCUCAAUGUCCAACCCUCUGACAAUGGGCAGUAUCGCUGUGUGAUCCAACAUGGCUCCUUCUACAGUGAUACAGUGAUUGAGCUGAAAGUGGCAGCUCUCGGAUCACAUCCUCAGUUCCAUGUGGAAGUCACUAGGUCCAGCCAACUCCGAUUAGAGUGCAAAUCAGAGGGCUGGUUCCCUCAGCCAAAGGUCCAGUGGAUGGACUCUGAGGGAAGAGAAAUUCCAGCUGAGUCUGAGACUCAUACCCAGGACAAAUGUGGCUUGUUCCAUGUAACAACAUCACUGUUACUCAGAGAAACUUCUCAGAAGAAUCUGACAUGUUCUGUCUGGAACCCAGUUCUGAAUCAGAAAAAGGAAGAACACUUCUCCAUAACAGUUGCUGAACCCAUCAGUACAACAGUCAAGUCCAUGACUAGAAGAGCGGGUGUAGCUUCGGCAGCACUUCUGAUAACCCUGAGUUCCACAGUAUUUUAUUUGAACAUCAGGCUCAAAAACCAGGCCAAAAACAGAAGCGGUAAACACCAGAACGACACCCACCAUUGCAUCUGCCAGGCCGGCCCUCUCGUGACCAGGGAUUAUGCCACAGUCCCUGCCAACCACGUGGAGGUCUAUGCUGAGUCCGACUCCGAGGGCACCAGUGCCAAUGCCCUUGGGCCUGCCAUCCUGGCCUACGCCUGUGUUGCUGCCACCAACCCUGACCAGGACGGUGCCAGCGCGGACCCGCCCGGGACCGCCCUUGGCAAUGCUGCCAUCGGAGAAGACACCCCCAAGGCCACCAAUGCAGACCUUGACCCAGAAGCUGCCUGCACCUACUCGCCAGGGGCGGCCCCUGCUGAGGCCCAUGACACCAUCUCCUCCAGCGCCUCGAAAGCCUUUGCGGAGGUUCGGCUCGACUUCAAAUAUGACCCUAAGAAGAAGGCGGAACUCCAGGGCACUACGGAGAGAUUCACUGGCCUGUCCAUCAGUCCCUAUUUGCAGAAGGUCUCGAGGGAAUUAUCCUGCGUGAACUCACAAAUAAGCUGUAGCUCGGCUCUGUCUCCAGGAUCAACCACCCCCAUGCAAAGUAGUCACCCCCUAGAAAACUUCUCCAACUUCAACAAGGCCAUAGUCAGCCACCUUGAACCCCGGGGAGCGGUUCCAGCCCAAUGACCUGCUUGAGAGCCACAUGAGGCAGGGGCAGGUGUCUCCCCUGGCUCAGUCUCUGGCCAAGACCAAGGGGCUGCGUGUGGCAUCGGCAUCAACUACAUGGAAAAGCAGGAGCGGAACGUGGAUGAUGCCACCUUGAGGUGGGCCAGCACAUCAUGGGCCUCCAGAGGGGCACCAGUAAGUGUGCCAGCCAUUCAGGCAUGAUGCCAUGUGGCAUGAGAAGGCACAUAUGUCUACCUCUGCAAGGAUCACGUCCUUCCACCCAUGGGCCAUGCAACCAUCUGCCUGCAAAGGGCGACUGUUAAUGUAAGGAAUAUUCAAACCUGUAAAGACUUUUUUUGAGUUUAUUUGCACUAAACUGUCAACAAUUGUCGGGGAAACAGAAUCUCAAUAGAUUCAGAUAAUGCCCCGGAGAACGGCAGUUCUUGCCCUUGUUGUAUACAUUACAAUGAAAGUGUUAGGGGCAGAAAUAGAAUAUUGGGGACCA